CAUUGUUAGACUGACAGAAGCAGAUAGGAAGAAGAGAACUUCGAAAAAAACUAAAGAUGAAGGCUUACACAAUAUGCAUGGGAGUUCUUCUCUCCCUUGCUGCAAUUGCUUCUGUUUCAAUUGCAGAGACUCAUCACCACAAAUUUGUGAUAGAAGAAACUACAGUGAAUAGGCUGUGCGGUACCCACAACAUAAUCACGGUCAACGGGCAGUUUCCGGGGCCGACACUGGAGGUUCGGAACGGAGACAGUCUUGUUGUUGAAGUCCUCAACAGUGGUCGUUACGAUGCCACCAUCCACUGGCACGGAAUCCGCCAGUUGCGAAACCCAUGGGCAGAUGGCCCAGAGUACGUGACGCAGUGUCCGAUCAAGCCGGGGGAGACUUACACUUACCGGUUCACAAUCGAAGACCAGGAGGGAACUCUUUGGUGGCACGCUCACAGCAGAUGGCUAAGGGCCACUGUUUACGGGGCACUCGUCAUCCUUCCUAAGCUGGGCACCCCGUACCCCUUUCCAAAACCCAAGCUUGAGAUCCCCAUUCUUCUUGGGGAAUGGUGGAACAGGGACCCCAUUAGUGUCCUCCAGCAGGCACUUUUCACUGGGGCAGCUCCAAAUGUGUCUGAUGCAUACACCAUCAAUGGUGAACCCGGUGAUUUAUACAGUUGCUCCAGUCAAGGUACUGUGAAAUUCUUGGUCGAAUCCAAGGAAACAGUUCUCCUCAGAAUCAUCAACGCUGCACUCAAUCAACAACUCUUCUUUUCACUAGCCAACCACAAGCUCACUGUGGUUUCCGCCGAUGCCGUUUACACCAAGCCCUUCGCAACCUCAGUCGUCUUGGUGGGACCCGGUCAGACAACCGACGUCCUCUUCACCGCCGAUCAAGCCCCAGGCCGCUACUACAUGGCAGCCUCAGCAUACGCCACCGCCCAAAAUGCGGCCUUCGACAAUACCACCACCACCGCAAUCCUUGAAUACAAAUCGGCCGCGAAAGGGGUUUCCUCAAGACCAGUUUUGCCACAAUUACCGCGCAACAACGACACAGCCACCGCCACUGCAUUCACAACGCAAUUCAGGAGCCCUUCGCAGGUAACAGUCCCCACUCAGAUCGACGAGAGCCUGUUCUUCACCAUCGGGUUGGGACUUGUCAAUUGUACCCCUGGACCCCAAUGCCAGGGGCCCAAUAAUACCCGUUUCGCUGCUAGCAUGAACAAUGUGUCAUUUGUGCUCCCUAGACAGACCUCAUUACAGCAAGCUUAUUACCAAAAUAUACCCGGUGUUUACACUACCGACUUCCCAGUGGCUCCACCGGUGAAAUUCGACUACACGGGCAACGUCCCCCGUGGAUUGUGGCAACCGAGCUUCGGGACUAAGCUUCACAAGAUGAAGUUUGGUUCCAGCGUUCAGAUUGUUUUGCAAGAUACAGCGAUUGUCUCGACGGAGGACCACCCCGUUCAUCUUCAUGGGUACCAUUUCUACGUUGUUGGACAGGGAUUUGGUAACUUCAAUCCUGGAAGUACUGCAUCGUUUAACCUCGUUGAUCCGCCGCAGAGAAACACCAUUGAUGUCCCUGUUGGCGGAUGGGCCGUUAUCCGCUUUAUAGCCGACAAUCCAGGAGUAUGGUUUAUGCACUGUCACAUAGAUUCUCAUCUCGCCUGGGGUUUUGCUAUGGCAUUCAUCGUCGAAAAUGGAUACGGGGAAUUGGAGUCUGUUAUACCUCCUCCCGCUGAUCUGCCUAAAUGCUGAGAUACUCAAACAGAGCACAACGAUUAUCCGAAUCAGAAUUUUCAUCAGCCCCUAGUUUUAUGAACACAAAAGAAAGAGCCUGUUCUUAAUCUCAUUUAUUAGAAGAAUCUCAUUCUGCAUUUCUGCAGUGUAGUUGUUUUUUCCUUUUCUGUUACUUGCGAAGAACCUUCUUCAAAGUGGUUAUCGAUUUGUACCAAUUCAUAUGUAACAUGGCUUUCUAAGCAUAGCAUUGCUAAUGCGUAAUUAUUGCCAAGCUAAUGCGUAAUCUAUUUCCAAAGAAGC